CAAACACUUGUGUGCAAGCAUAAGCAUUAGUACUUCAGCCUUAUUCCAUACACUACAAUUCAAUCAAGAUGAAGCUACAACAAUCUGCCUUCUCAUUGUCUCUUCUCAUUCUUUUCAUCUGCUGCACCAAAACCGUAUCCCUAUCCCCGGCGGCAGCUCCAGUACAAGCACCAACGGUGGCCCCAGUGCAGGCACCGCCUCCACCUGCUGCACAAGUACCGGUAUUGCCUGGCCCCAUCAAUGUGGUUAAUAUCCUGGAAAGGGCAGGCCACUACUCACUCUUUGUCCGCCUAUUGAAAGCCACCCAAUCGGACACAGAAUUAACUGUGGAGCUUAAUCACACACAUAAUGGAAUAACCAUCUUUGCUCCUACUGAUGGUGCAUUUUCAGGGCUCAAAGUGGGCACUCUCAACUCCUUAAGCGAUGGAGACAAGGUCAAGUUGGUGAAGUUUCAUAUAUCUCCUAUAUACAUAUCACCUUCCCAGUUCCAAACAGUGAGUAACCCUUUAAAGACUCAGGCAGGAAAGGGUGGCCGGAUGGCACUAAAUGUGACCACCACAGGGAGUGCUGUGAACAUAACUACAGGGGUCAUCAAUACCACCAUAUCUGGCACUAUAUACAACGACAACCAGCUUGCAAUUUAUCAGAUUGAUCAGGUGCUACUUCCUAUGGAGCUUUUCGCUCCUAACCUACCUCCAGCUCCUGCUCCAGCUCCAGCUCCACUGGUGGUGGCACCGCCGCCAGAGAAGCCUAAGAAGGCUCCGGUUGUAGAGAGUCCUACUGUUCCCAUUGAUGAUGUCUCUGGGGUGGCAAGUUUUGGUGUGCACAAAAUUGAGGUGAUCCUUGCAGUGGGGGUGGUUGCUGCAAUGUUUUCCUUAUAAGUGGGUUAAUUAAUUUGUAUGGGUUGGGUUCCCUUUGUGAUUUUUCAGGAGAUGUUACAUUGGAUGUGUUGAUGAAUUAAUAUAUAUUACGAUGAGUGCUUAUAUGAAUAAUAUAAUUGCCAUUUUUCGCAA